AUGGCAACCUUCGAGAAGGACAUGAUGGCAACAUCAGAACCGAAGCAUAACCUUGAGAAUGGUGAAAUCUUACCACACAUUGAUAAAGAAGCCGAAAGAUCAUAUGAUCGCAGUAAUCUGGGAAAUGCAAAGACCGAUGGCAUGGAUAAAGACAUGAAAUUCAAGGGCAAUGAAUAUUCAUUGCUGAUCUUGUUAUUUUACGUCCCUUUCGGACUCUGUGAUCUCCCUUUGAAUUUGCUUACAAAGAAAUUUUCUGGAAGAGUUAUGCUGCCAACACUCAUGUUGGGCUGGGGCGCUAUGUCCUUGAUCCAGUGCGCUGCUAAAAACUUCGGAGGCAUGUUGGCAAUCAGAUUGAUUCUUGGUACAUUUGAGGCAGGCUUCUUUGCUGGAGUGGUUUUCUACAUGACUCUGUUUUAUACAAGAGGUGAACUAGGCUUCCGAAUCGCGUUAUUCUUUGGCAGUGCCCUCCUUGCGGCAGCAUUCAGUGGCCUGAUCUCCUAUGCCGUGUUCCAGAUCAAACAUGUCAAUGUGAAGGGGUGGAUGUGGCUAUUCAUCAUUGAGGGAGCUGCUACCGUCAUCGUGGCGGCCGUUGCAUACUUCUGGCUCCCCGCUCGCCCUGACACUGCUUGGUUCCUCAACGAGGCCGAGAAAAACGCAGCAAGAGCUCGUUCCCUGAGAGAUUCUUCGAAAAGCGUCAACUCCGAGUUCGAUCUAAAAGCAUGCUUUGCUACCUGGAAAGAUUGGAAGUUUGGAUUAUGGGUGAUCAUCUCCUUCACCUAUCCGGUUGCCUUUGCCACAACAUCCAAUUUUCUGCCUCAGAUUGUCCAAAGACUUGGAUACUCGGUUGUCAAAACGAAUUUGUGGACAGUUGCCCCAAAUAGUGUUGGCUUUGUGAUACUACUAUGUGUCACCAAAUCCUCUGACUACUUUCGUGAGCGCACAUAUCACAUCGUCUUCGCAUUAACGGUUUCCCUCACUGGUAUGAUCAUUCUUGCCGCAAUUGAUCCAUUACACAGUAAGGGAGUUGCAUAUUUCGCAUGCUUCCUCAUGGCGGGAGGUGCAUAUAUACCUAGCUGUCUUGUACACUCCUGGCACAACAACAAUAACCUGGAAGAGAACUCGCGUGCAGCCACUACCGGUCUGUUGGUGGGACUCGGAAACUUGGGAGGAAUACUUUCGGCAUCGACUUUCAGGGUCGAAUAUGCACCUGGUUAUGUCCCUACCCUGAUUGCCACAAGUGCAUGCAAUGUCACAUGCAUUGCCUUCACACUUUAUAUGGGACUCUACAUGAAGAGAGAAAAUGCGAAGCGCAACAAAGAACAGGGCGUUGUUUUACGAGCUGAAGAUGUCAACACGAGUGAGCUCGAAGAUGGGCAGGAUUCGUUCAAUUGGAGAUAUUUCACUUAG